CGGCAGUUAAUGGCAUAACGUCAUAUUACAAGUAUUUUCUGUUGGAAAGAGCAUCGGAACAAUGGGCCGUCAGAUUAAGACAUUUAGGAUUCGGUAAUGUGUUACGGCAACCCCAAUCGUGGUUCGACAAACCGGAAAAUGCCACCGGAAAGGUCACCACCAUACUUAUCACCGACACCAACUCCACAAAAAACCUUAUCGGACAUUUUGUGGGGAAUAUAACCUUCGGCUCGGUGUCACUAUUGGGAGGAAUAAUUUGGGCACUCGCUGUGGGAUGGCAGUUAACAUUGGUAGGGUUUGGGUUGGUGCCCAUACUGCUAGCAUCCUCGGAAUUGCAAGGUUACGUGCUGCAAAAAUACGAGAAAAAGCAAAAACUUGCCAACGAAGAAGUAUCGAAUUCAUUCUAUCAAACAAUUUCAAAUAUUCGAACGGUAUUUUCUUUGGCCAUCGAAAAAGCCAUGGAAGAAAAUUUUCAGGCUGCUCUCGAAGUUCCAUACCUAAUUGGCAUUCGCAAAGCAUUCUUUGGUGGAUGUACCGCCGGUCUCCUGGACGCGUUUCAAUACUUCUCCAAGGCGAUAACAUUUUGGUAUGGAGCUCAACUCGUCUCCCAAGGUAUCUACGACCUACAAAAAAUGCUUAUAGUGUGGACGCUAGUCAUCUUCUGUACCACCUCCGCCUCGCAGAUGCUCGCCACCAUCCCAUAUUAUGCCAAAAGCAAACAAGCCGCGAAAUCGAUCGCUAGAAUUCUUAGUUUGCCCAUCGAAGAUACUACCAGUGGCAAUGUCAUUGAUGAUGUACAAGGAGUUGUGGAGUUAAGGGAUGUCCACUUUUCAUAUCCCGAAAGACCCGAUGUAAAAGUUUUAAAUGGGUUGAACCUCACUUUGCAACCUGGCCAGUCGGUUGCACUGGUUGGCAAAAGCGGUAACGGAAAAUCCACAGUGGCAGCAUUAUUACAACGGUUCUAUGAGCCUAGCAGCGGGCGUAUCCUAUUUGACUACGUGCCAAUGAGAGAUCUCCAACUGCACUGGCUACGUGAACAAAUUGGUAUAGUCAGUCAAGAACCCAUCUUGUUCGAUGCAUCCGUGUCCGAGAAUAUAGCAUACGGUAAGACGGAUGCCACUCAAGAAGAAAUUGAGAUCGCAGCGCGCCAAGUCAAUAUGCACGAUUUCAUACAAUCUUUACCUGAUGGGUAUAAUACCAAGUUAGGCAGUAGCGGAUCGCAACUAAGCGGUGGUCAGAAACAAAGGAUUUCCAUUGCCCGAGUGUUACUACGGAACCCCAAGAUAUUGAUACUGGAUGAGGCGACCAGUGCGUUAGACGCCACCAACGAACAAAUCGUUAACGAGACUUUGACCAAGGUGCAGAAGGGCAGAACAACCUUGAUGAUUACGCAUCGGUUGACCAACGUCAAGGAUAUGGAUCAGAUAGCGUUGGUCGAGGAUGGUCAAGUUUCCGAGAUAGGAAGUCACAAGGAGUUAAUGAGUAAGAGAGGCGGCUAUUUUAAAUUGGUCACCAGUGGAAAUUUCUAUGAGGAUUGA